UAGACUCUGGUUUUUCAGUAGUGGCAGUAUGCAGGCCCUCACUGUGGCACUGGUUCCUCUACUUGUGCUUAUAACUGAGCGGGUCAGCGGCCAGCAAUGUUCCUCCCCUUGUAAGUGCCCAAAGGAUCCACCAAAAUGUACACCCGGAGUGCGGCUAGUCUUGGACAACUGCGCCUGCUGCCGAGUUUGUGCCAAACAAGCCGGCGAAGUGUGCACCCUAAACGAUAUCUGUGAUUCGCACCAAGGAUUGCAGUGCGAAUUCAGCGCCGAUACACGACAAGGAGUCGGCAUUUGCAUUGCACAUGAAGGUAACAUUUGCAUGUAUGAUGGAGUUGUCUAUCGAAAUGGUGAAACAUUCCAGCCAAGUUGCAAAUACCAGUGUUCCUGUAAAGAUGGUCUGAUUGGUUGUGUGCCACGUUGUAAUCUGGAUGUUCUUUUGCCUGGGCCUGAUUGCCCAUUUCCUAAACAAGUACAGAUGCCAGGAGAGUGUUGUGAGCAAUGGGUGUGUGACCACAAACAAGAAGCUCCUAUUGAAGGAUUUGUAAUGGCAGUUAACAGACAGGAGGCAACCUAUGAGUUGGAUUCACUUAACUGUAUACAGCAGACCACACAGUGGAGCGCCUGUUCCAAAACCUGUGGCACGGGCAUUUCUACUCGUGUAACUAAUAAAAACCAACAGUGUGAUAUGAUAAAGCAAACACGGAUUUGCGAAGUUCGACCAUGUGGAGAUUAUAAAGUCACUCUGAAAAGCAGCCUCAGCAGUUUGCAAGUAGCACACAACCAGGCUGAAAAACUUAAGGAACAUUCAAAGUUUUCCCUCCAUCUCAUAAGCAUAUGCUAUUGCGUAGUUUGAGGGCUGGACGUCAAUGUGAGGAUUGACUGCCCCGCUGGCAGGACUGUGCACAGUUCGACGGGGGGACUGGGAGCCAAUUAAACCAUCUGGAAGGUGGAGAGGAUGUAGCAAAACACAAGACGGCAACUGCGAUUAUUUAUUUUCGUAUAUCUGGAUCCUUGGAAAGCAGCCUUUAAUUGGACGACAGUGAUCAAUUACUAUUGGUUAAUAUGAUGUGGACUUAAGCUGAUCUUUUAUAGUUGGACAGCUGGGUUUCCUCUGACUCCUCACUCUGAGGUCGAAAGAGAAGCGAUCAGAGCUGCCUGAAGACACGUUAGAUCUAGUUUAGAACGUAGCUUCUCAAAUUCCAGGAGACCGCAACGUUAGCAUUCUGCUGGUUUUCUAUCUAGUCAGAAUACAGCAACGUGAAAUUUUUAAUUCUAUACUCUAUUUUGCUUUCUGCAAUCGCCGAAUGACAGUUGCUGUUUGUGUACAGACAAAUAAAAUGACCCAGUAGGCAAAAAUAGCGGGGUGGCACAGGUGUCUCAGCACUGAGAGAGGGGAUCCCUCAAGCAUGGUCACAUUUGCAGGCUACCCUUGGAAAUCAGAAGGUUUGCAGAUGUCGGAGGUCCCAUGUAACAGCGGCCGAGCCUACAGUGAUUUUAACAAGAUUCGAUGUAAAGUGCACAAUAACUUAUUUCUGCUUCAGGUGAUGCUCAUUCCUUUAAAAAAAAAUCCCACCGCUGCCAAUUACAGGGGCGGCACGGUGCCCCACAGCGUCAGGGCUCCGGGUUCGAUACCAGCCUUGGGCGACUGGAGUUUGCACAUUCUCCCCGCGUCCUCGUGGGCUUCCUCCCACAGUCCAAAGAUG